AUGAAAUUGGCACAAAUUCUGACAGCAUCGGGAACAUUUUUGUUCAUGCUUUACGUUACAUGGGUGUUUUUAAAGUCCGAUGAUUAUAGAGAAUUCCCAGUGAUCCAAACCAAAAGACAUGCCGACAUCAAGCAUUCGUACGAAAGACUAGUUUUUGUUGGUGAUGUGCAUGGGAUGUAUCAUAAAUAUGAGCAGUUGAUGGAAGACAAAGUGAAACCAGAUUCUAAUACCACUGUGGUUUUUUUGGGUGAUUUUAUUUCAAAGGGACCAAAUUCAAACCGACUUGUGGAACAAAUAAUAUUAAACGAUGAUGUAGGUUAUGACGUGAAAUGUGUUCUUGGCAACAACGAAUUGAGAAUUUUGUAUGCAUUGUUAAACCCUAUAUCAUUAACUAAAAGGAAAUUGAUCAAAAUCAAAUUCUCCUCAGAAGACUUCCUGCCAGACUUACCAUCCAUCAACAAGAAUCAUCGCCGUUUAGCAAGAGAAUUGGGUUGGGACAAUCUUGCUCGAUUGGCAGCUAAGUGUGGAGCUAUGUGGGAGUUACAGGAUCCACUAUACGACAAUUUCACUCUUGUAGCAGUUCAUGCCGGUGUUCUUCCAGAUCAUUUAGGAAAUCCUCCAUUGAAAGAAAUUACCGAUAUGAAAUACGUCGACGUAAAUGAUCACUCUCAUACUACAAGACAAAAAUUCGAGAACGCUACACGAUGGUAUCAUCUUUGGAACCCUUUAGAUAAGAAGAAAUAUUCGAUACACAAUAAGAUUAAAGUGAUUUAUGGCCAUGAUUCUUCUAAAGGUCUAAAUAUUCGUCCAAACACAAAAGGUUUGGAUUCUGCUUGCUACAAUGGUAACAAAUUGACUGCUCUUGAAUACGUUUGGAACCAUAAGACGAAAGAAUACAACCACAUUAUGCAUCAAAUCUCUUGUCAAGACUGA